AGUGCGGCCAUUACACGACGUACAACGUCAAAUCUGUCACUCAUCGGCCAUGCGCCACACUGACACAAACCGUCUUCCGCUGUAUCAGAUGUUGCAUCUUUCAAGUGCGCAGCGCUCAAGACGGUGUAUUUUGGUUCCUCAAAUCUAUUUACUUUUCUCUAUCGCUUGUCCGGAAAAUUAUUCACUCAUCCUCAUUUGCAACAUUUUGAACGGUUUUCGGCCACAAUAAUAAUAGUUCUUAAUGGAUUCUUAAAAAGGCGUUUUCUAUAUAAUUAUGGAGCCGCGUAUAACUGCCGUGGAAUUACCAACCGACAACGAAGAAGAAGCGCAUCCCGUGCUGUGUGAUAUCCCCAUUGGCAGCCCGCCAAUCAGCAUCCAGGAUCCCUUACAACGCCUGGAGUCUAUCAGAGCGACGAGCCAAUCAACGAUCACCGCGUUAAAGACACUCCGCGACCGCAUCCAGACCUCCCGGGAUGUAUUAGCCGCCAAACGGGAUUUACAACAGAAUGCCAUGGAGGUGCGGAUUAAAGGAUUGGAGCGGGAGUUAGGAUGCGUGGAUAUUCGGGGGAUGUUCUCGCAGACGGAAAUCGACGAUCUGGUGGUGUAUGUCAAUAAUAAUCCCUAUCUAAAGUCCCUGCUAGAGAAACGGAAUGCGCGGUUACUACAGCGACUGCUGGAGUGUGGGUCGACCGCCGGGAUGACGAGCGAGGCGAGCUGUGAUGAAACGGGAAAAGAUGCCUUGGAGAGAUGACCGGAAAUUGAUCUUUUUAGCGUUGUGUAUCGAUGUAUCAAGAUUUUUAUUAACGUUUCUGGCUGUUUUUAGUCAUGCAUACAGUCAGCGAAGGCCUGUGCUGCAGUCCCACCUGGGCGGUUAUUCGUGCGAUAUAAAGAAGUUCUUCUUUCCUUUUUUAUUGCCAGUGCCAAAAUUGUAGUGCCUUUCGGUGAUUCAUUGUAGUACAGACUACGUCGGUACAACGUACCGUUGUAUUACGAGUUUCUUGACUCAGUUUUAUAAUUUAAUACGCCGUAUUCUGUAUUUACUGUAGUGACUGUUUUUACA